GACACCGGAGCUGCAAGAGGGAAAAGGAGAAGCAAUAACGGCAAUCCGGAACACUACCGUGGCACUACCACAACCACCAUAGCUGUCACAGCUGCAAUCACGCCGCCGCCCUCGCCGCUGCCGCGCCGGGAGCCUCCCCCCAACCGCCAUGGGAACCCCGCAUCAGUCGCUCCUUAAACUGUUUCAUCCGUGGGCCAUGUCGUGAUACGUGAGCUCCGCUAGCGGGUUUUUGUGAUCCGUGAUCCCAAUCGAGGGGAAGAAAGAGGAGCGUGGUGGUGGUGGUGGGCAAGAUGUUCGCUUCACUAGGCCCUCGGGGUCCACCCGUCGCUCAGGCCAUCCCAGAACCGGACUUGAGCCACUUGACUGAGGAGGAGAGGAAGAUCAUCAUGGCAGUACUGGCUCGGCAACGGGAGGAAGAAGCAAAGGAGGAGGCCAUGUUAAAAGAAGAGAAGCCUAUCCAAGCGAGAACAGUAAACUUGGUUGGGCAGAAAAAAACACCGCAGCAAAACGAUGUCCGGGGGAUCCAGCAGCAGCUUUCCAGCUACAGGGAGACGGUGAUCAGGCAGGCUGCAGCUGCAGCAGGCUCAGCAGUUCACCGAGAUGAUGCCCCAACCUGCGGCAUCUGCCAGAAGACCAAAUUUGCAGAUGGUUGUGGGAACUUGUGCUCAUAUUGCCAGACCAAGUUCUGUGCCCGUUGCGGAGGGAGGGUGUCCCUUCGAUCCAAUACGGAGGACAAAGUGGUCAUCUGGGUUUGUAAUAACUGCCGAAAACAACAAGAGAUACUGACCAAGCCAGGGGAAUGGUUCAUCAGUUCAUCAGGAAAGCCCACUGGUCUAGGUUCAGCAAUCAGUGAGCCAUCUGUGUGCCAAACCACUGGUAAUAAGAAGCUCCGAUCUCACUCCCAAGCCCCUCCUGGCUCCACAACAUCCUUCGACCCCAACACAGCCACUGCACCUGGGAGCACAGCUGGAACAGACAUCCGGUCACGAAGUGAACCACCAAGAGACACGAGAAAUGGAAGAGGCGCUGGAGGAACUGGAACUGGAGAGCGCAGGUCAGGUCAACCCGUGUUGCAGACACAGGUUUCCAUGGAUCGAGACCUGCGUGGUGAAUCCAGGGAACACAGGGGUAGCCGCCGAGUCACAAAAGGACGUUCUUUAGAGAUUGAUCCAGUGGGAGGAAGUAGUGGGGUGAAAAGGACACAAGAGGGGGGCUACCCGCACAUGGCCCACAGUGGUCAAGCAGGGCCAGUACCAUCUGGAAGCCGGGACCAUUUUGUGAAAGUGCAAGGCUGUGCAACUGGAAUGAUGCUGGAGGUGAGGGAUGCUGUAAUGUCUGGACAAAGUACUGUUGGUGGACUGUGUGAACACACCCUUGAGCAACAAGACCCCUCCCCUCACUUCAGAGAACCUCUGAGCUCAGGGCCUGGAUCAGCCCCUGGUCAGGGGCCCGUAGUGAGACGAACCAAAAGGAACAAGACUGACACCAUGUUACGCAAUGAUUCACUCAGCUCAGAUCAAUCCGAGUCCUUGCGUCCACCACCACCCAGACCCUACAAAUCAAAGCGAGGGCCUGGGGCAGGAGGCAAGAGGCAGACCAGUGUCAGCAGUUCAGAGGAGGAGUGUGGGACCACGCCUGAAUACAGUAGUUGUGAAGAUGCUGAAAUCGAAAGUGUUAGUGAGAGAGGCGACUGGGAGUGCUACCCUCAUGAUCCCACUGUAUGGCACCAUCCUGUAACCUGGCAACCGUCCAAAGAGGGUGACCAUCUGAUUGGCAGAAUCACCCUCAGUAAAAGGAGCACAACCAUGCCAAAAGAAGCCGGGGCUCUACUUGGGUUGAAGGUGGUCGGAGGGAGAAUAACGGAGUCAGGGAGAUUAGGUGCCUUCAUCACCAAGGUCAAGAAAGGCAGCCUGGCCGAUGUUGUUGGACAUCUGAGAGCAGGGGAUGAAGUUUUGCAAUGGAAUGGGAAACUCUUACCAGGGGCCACCAUGAAAGAAGUUUACAACAUCAUCCUUGAAUCUCAAGCUGAGCCCCAAGUCGAGCUCGUUGUAUCCAGGCCAAUUGGUGAUAUCCCAAGAAUCCCAGACACAUCCCAUCCUCCAUUAGAAUCCACAGGUUCGAGUUCAUUUGAGUCCCAGAAGAUGGAGAGACCAUCUGUAAAUCUCUUAUCUCCCAGCAGUCCAAGAAUGAUUCUUGACGCUCCACAACUAAUGCCAGGAAAACUUUCUGUGAAGCUGUGGUACGACAAAGCAGGACACCAACUAAUAGUCAACGUGCUUCAGGCGAUCGAACUCUCUCUACGGCCCGAUGGCCGACCCAGAAGCCCAUACGUUAAAAUGUACUUCCUUCCUGAUCGCAGUGACAAGAGUAAACGCAGGACAAAAGCAGUGAAGAAGACCUGUGAACCCAAAUGGAAUCAAACCUUCCUCUACACUCACAUCCAUCGUAGGGAUUUUCGCAACCAUAUGCUGGAGCUGACAGUGUGGGACCAGCCCAGGUCACCAGAGGAAGACAGCGUCUUUAUGGGAGAAAUCCUUAUCGAGCUGGAGACGGCCUUACUGGAUGACAAGCCACACUGGUAUCCCCUCCAAACGCAUGACGUCUCCUCCAUACCGCUCCCCCGACCUUCUCCGUAUCUGCCUCGCCGACACAUACACACAAACAACCCUGGCAGGAAGCUGCAGCGUUCACAGCGCGUAACAGAGCCUGAAUUUGAGGGUACAGCUGUAGUUUCUAAAGCAGAGGGACGUGGCAGGGAGCGACAACGAGAGCCCACGGCCACCCUGGAGGUGCCUGAGCACCAGAGGACACUCUCGCAUCAUAUACGUUCUCGCUCAGUAUCCCCCCACCGUGAGGACCAGGGAUCUAUGCGGUCUCGACCAGCCAAUGUUCCUGCACAGAGGAGUCUAGACGAUGAGCUUUCGCACUCUAGGCGUUCUCGUUCUCCGCCCCGCUACUAUGACUCUGCAAGAGGUCGCCACAAAGAUCAGGAAUACCUGGAUGACAGUGAGGUCAUCAUGAUCCACCAAUCAAUGCGAGGCAAAAGUACUGAGUGCAUCCACUUCAGUGAUCUUCAGCCUUCUCUGGACAGGGUUAGGAGUGCUAGCACCAACUGUCUGACUCCAGAUAAUCAUGCCCCCACACCUGAGUUGCAAAGAAAAUCAUUGUACCAUUCCUUGCCAAGAAGACGUCCUCCCAGUCCCAGGAUUUUUAUCCAACACGCUUCCCCUGAAGAUGACAGGGGCCAACACCAAGGUGUUCCACCAAUUUCCUCAUCAGUGACAUCCUCCUCAUCUCGCAAAGUGAGGCAGCUCCCCCAACUUCCCCCAAAGAGCAACAGUGUAGAACAAGCCCUGGUAGCAGAAGAGCGUGUCCGUCAACUCCAAAUUAGAGUUCAUUCAAACCGGAUGUCAGCUGCCAAUAACUCCAGCCAGCAGGACCUGGAUAGAGCCCUCAAGAACAAACGGGAGCUCUUCAAAGACCACAGGACGAGCUGUGAGAAUGCUUCCCAUAAGUCCUCAGACAGUGAUGUCAGCGAUGUAUCAGCCAUCUCUCGAACCAGCAGUGCCUCUCGGAUCAGUAGCACCAGCUACAUGUCCAUCCAGUCAGAAAGACCCAGAGGACGCUUCAGUCGAGCCAUGCGUGCGACGGGCCGCCACAUGAUGAAGAGCACCAGUGUGAGUGGUGAAAUCUAUGGCAUGGAGCAUGCAGAUGGCAGCCAAUCAGACACCGCCCUCGGAAACUUGGGAAGUGGGAUCAAAAAGCGUCGCUCAAGCCUCAGCCAACGUGUUGUUUCCAUCCUGCCAUCGAGGCGGAGUCGGAGUACCUCGCAGCUCAGCCAGACAGAGGCGGCUGGUAAGGCGGUGGACAGACAGAAAGAGGCAACAGCAGGUAAGAAGGUGGCUAAGGCUUGCAGCACCAGUAUCCAAAGGAGCGUAGAGACGGGCAUGGCAGUGGAGUACCCACGGGGAGGGUCAGCUAUGAACCGUCAGGCUAGUAGAGAAUCGACUGAUGGAAGCAUGAACAGCUACAGCUCUGAGGGAAAUCUUAUCUUCUCAGGAAUGAGGUUGGGUGCUGACAGUCAGUUCAGUGACUUCCUGGAUGGUUUAGGACCCGGUCAGCUGGUUGGCCGGCAAACACUGGCAACACCUGCAAUAGGGGAUGUUCAAAUUGGUUUGAUGGAUAAGAAAGGACAGUUAGAGGUGGAGGUGAUCAGGGCACGAGGCCUUACCCCCAAAUCAGGCUCCAAAUCCCUCCCAGCUCCCUAUGUCAAGGUGUACCUGCUGGAUAACGGAACAUGUAAAGCCAAAAAGAAAACUAAGAUUGCACGAAAGACCCUCGAGCCUCUGUACCAGCAGCAUCUGCUAUUUGAUGAGAGUCCCCAGGGCAAGGUGCUUCAGGUGAUCGUGUGGGGCGACUAUGGACGAUUGGACCACAAAUGUUUUAUGGGUGUAGCACAGAUCUUACUGGAAGAUUUGGACCUAUCAAGCACGGUGAUUGGAUGGUACAAACUCUUUCCACCAUCCUCGCUAGUCGAUCCCACACUAGCUCCACUCACGCGACUGGCAUCUCAGACAUCAUUGGACAGCUCAGGACCACCCCCGGGUGUCCGGUCCUAGUGACCGCGAAGACGUCAAGCGUCACAAAUUCCUACAUCGACAAAAUAGAGAAAUAUAGCUAUUGUACCACAGUGGAGCAGAGGGUCGCAACAGGAGAUAAAGACAUUGGUCUACCAAUAAAAAGCCAGAGGAUUAAACAGGGAAUAAGCGUGAUCGAGAGAAGACGCGAAAGAGCUAGCCAAUCAAAGCUUAGUCUGAGUCUGACAAUCAUUUCUCACACCUUUACUUAUCUACUUGAGCCUUUUCUUUGCAAAGCCUUUGUUUACUCCUCCAAGCUGGAGAUUUUCUGUCCACCUUGAUUAUCAAACCUCCUUUUAUGUGGGUGUGUGUGUGAGUGUAAGUUUAUUUUUGUGCACUCGAUCAAAUUCUUUCAGUAGCCAGGAGUGCUAUAAAAAUGUAAGGGAAUUGGUAAGGUUUCAAAAUGACAGUUUCAUGCAGAUGAGCAGCUGACUGCAUGAGACCAUCGGCACUACAGCAUAGUGUAGCUGAGCACGAGGGGCUGCUGUUUGGCAAAAUUUUGUAAACCUUUUAGGUUAAAGGAGCCUGCACACACACACACACACACACACACACACACACACACACACACACACACGCACACACACACAUACACUUUACCUUUGCCUUGUGAGUCAUGAAUGCAAGCACAGGAAAAGCAAAAGUCCUUUAUUAUGGGAGAAACAUAAAGGCUUUUGGUUUAUAUCUGAACAAAAUGAAAAAAUGCCAAAACUAUGAUGUGCUUUGGAUAAUUUAAUUUGAACUGUGGGUUGUCUGCGUUGAGCUCCGAGUUCAGAAUGGUACCGUGUGGUACAAACUCCUGAUGUAUAUUUUUUUCUAUUAUCAGUUUUGGAGCAAUUAAUACUUUUGAGAAAGAAGCCACUAGCAGGUCAAAUUUUUUUCAACAGCCAAUCCCUAACAUCCACUGCAGGUCCUUAUCACCCCACACCACCCCCCGCCCUACACGCAGACACACACACACACACACAUACAUUCCAUUUCCACUGUAAAAGAGAGCAGCAUGAUCUAGGGAUGCCCUAUCCACCUGCCCAGCUGCAUGUUUGUUUGUUUAGGUAGUUGAAUUUUUGUUCUGUUCUUGUCUUUCUCUGUCUCUCUCUCUCUCUUUUUUUUUUUUAAAGAAAAGUCAACACGGGAAAUUAACAGUUCUUUAAAAAAAUAGUUGGAAAUAAAGAUAUGUGUUAGUUCCACAUAAUUUUAGGCCAGCUUGUAUGUUGCAUGUUCUUGUACAGUUUGCUUGUACCGAAUAUGAAUACAAACCAAGAAAAGCCAAGCCAUCGCCCGUCCCAAUAACAGGAGCGGACCAAUGAGGGAGGAUCUACUCCACCCAGGCCACACCUUCCACUCUGGGUCGCAAUGUCCAUAUCAGGAAUUCUCCACAGUACUAUCUCAUUGUUCCUGUUUUUCUUUUAAGGCGAUCACUAAAACAAGUAAGACAGUCAUGUUCUGUAGUACAGAGCAUACCUGAGACCUUGGUGAUGGUGAAGCUGUAACUGUGAUGUCAGUUUUUUUUGGGCUCCAGACCAAUAGAGAAUGUGUGGAAAAACAGCUACAUGUAAAUGAAGUACUUUUAAGACUUUGAGAGAAAUUAUGAAGAUAGAGCUAUAUAUGACUAUAGAAAAAAAAUGUAUCUGCCUGUCUCCAAAACAUACAUGCACACCUUGUACAUAGAAAAUAAGAAUUUAUUAAUAAGAGAAAUGUCAGUGACACGCAAACAUUCCUGUUUUUUGUUUAUUUUGAUUUUUGAGAGAGAAAUGUGCACCCUUUGUUUGAGCUCAAGCUGCUGAGCGGUACUGAGCCUCGGAGGAACAUGGAAAAGGCCUUUCUUAUCCCCCUCAGCCCCCUUCAAGUUGUUCAAGCAAAUGUGUCGAAACAGUUUAACCAUUGCUUUUCCUUUAACAAACUCCUGUUUGUUACUAUUGGUUAGGACUGGACUUCUAAAGCCAAUGAAGAAUCUGAUUUUACAGACCUAUGUUGCAAAUGUUUGUGUUGAAAGUCUUGGCAGUGUGGCCGACUGCCCUUUCCUUUGUCAGUAUUACUGCAUGGAUACUGAUUGUUUACAGCCCAUGGCUCCCCAGACCCAAGCCACAAUGCUAGACGAAAGAUGAAGAAGUAUUCACUGCAACACUUCUUGUUUGUAUAACAGAUGUGGCUCUACUGACAUGUAUGUUUUAUAUUCAAGAGUUAAUUUUUAUUAUUUACAAAUAAAAGACUGUGCGAAAGAAGACACAUUUACUUACUUACUUUCCAAGUAAGAGGCCUUAUUAUUACUGUCCAGGAGCCUUUGUUGUCACCCAUACUUUUUCUAGUGGGGAAAAAAGCAAAAUAAUGUUUGGUGAGUCUUAUAUGGGUAGCUCUGCAUUUUAGCUUUCUCAUGGAUCCACUCAAAGGAGACAAAGAGACAACAAUCAUGUUUUCUAUGUUGUUUUUUUAUUUGAAUGUACAUUUACACAUGUAUGCAAAUGAUUAAAAUGUUACGUAAAAUGGUAGGGGAAAGCAGUAUAUGUUGCACACAAAUAAAUUAGGUUCUGUCAUCAUAUACAGUGCUUUGUGAAAGUAUUCGGCCCUUUGAACUUUUCAACCUUUCGCCACAUUUCAGGCUUCAAGCAUAAAGGUAUAAAAUAUUUUUUUUUGUCAGUAAUCAACAAGUGGGAUACAAUUGUGAAGUGAAAUGAAAUUUAUUGGAUAAUUUAAACUUU